UUAACACUUUGCACUCAUCUCUGAAAUUGAUUCUUGCAAGUUGCAAUCAGCGAUUUUUCAGUAUUCUCGCACAUUCGCCCCAUUCUUCUGAAGCUUCUUCAAAAAAUCCACGCUCUUUCAAUAAUUAUUCAUCACGGAGAGCGAAUCCGUUGAUUCAACCAUCUGCUACACAAAUUUCUUCAGAUCUUUGCCAAUGGCGGAGAAGUCGAGACCUAGCACCUUGUCCGUUUACCUCUACGUCCCAAACAUAAUCGGCUAUGUGAGGAUUCUAAUGAAUUGCUAUGCUUUUGCGAUAUGCUUUAAGGACAAAUAUCUUUUCUCCCUUUUGUAUUUUGUUAGCUUUGUAUGUGAUGCAUUGGAUGGAUGGUUUGCACGCAAAUUGAAUCAAGUUUCAACAUUUGGUGCUGUUCUUGACAUGGUGACAGACAGGAUAAGCACGGCUUGCCUGUUGGUCGUUCUCUCCCAAGUUUAUAGGCCUGGGUUGACUUUCUUGUCAUUGCUUGCUCUAGACAUUGCCAGUCAUUGGUUGCAAAUGUAUAGUACCUUCUUGGUGGGAAAGAGUAGUCAUAAGGAUGUUAAGGAUAGCAGCAACUGGCUUUUCAAGCUUUACUACAGGAAUCGGAAGUUUAUGGGUUAUUGUUGUGUUUCUUGUGAGGUGCUUUAUAUUAUAUUGUUUCUUCUGGCAAACAAUCCGACUGAGAACCUUAUUCAAGUUUUAUUAAGCGUUUCAACGCGAAACUGGCUGUACAAGACUCUACUUCCUUUGAGUCUUGUUGGAUGGGCGAUCAAACAACUAAUUAACAUUAUACAGAUGAAGACAGCUGCAGAUGCAUGUAUACUUUAUGACAUUGCUAAGAAGCAUUAGGAUGGCAUGACAGGCCUUGCAUUGUUUCCUGCAAACUUCAAAUUUCGUUUUGGUGUGACUAACGCAGCAUAUUUAUGGAUGGGGACAUGGCAUUCACGAUUCCAACAUGCGUUUUGAAUCAGAAGAUGAUGUGCUUGUCAAUGAAUUCAAACGGGAUAACACGUCUCACUGUUCACAUUCAGGGGGGGGGUCGUGUUUAACAUAUACAUACUCUUGUCUGAAUAUCUCGAUGUUGCUUCCCUUUGUAGAAAUGUAAAAAAAUGGUUUGGCCACGUUGAUUAAAAUCAAGCGGAGAAUCAUUCUUGAUCUUUAAA